GGCAGCUAAAAGGUUGUUGUACAAGCCAUGGACAUCACAUUAGAAACGGAUGAUUCUAGGAACCAUGAUGAAGAAACUCUCCCUCUUCUGCGAAACACUGAGGUGCCAGAAGCAGAGAGGAACCUGAUUCAGAAAGCCAUCAGCCAGACAUUUCAGAGCACAGCCCAUUUGGCCAACCUUUUACCAACUGGCACAGUCCUUGCAUUUCAACUUCUGUCACCAAUCUUCACAAACAUUGGCACCUGUGACUCUGUCAGCAAGGUCAUGACUGCUUCACUUGUGGCUCUCUGUGGUGCCUCAUGCUUUUUGUUAUGUUUCACUGAUAGCUUCAGAGACAACAAGGGGAAUAUCUGUUAUGGGUUUGCUACCCUCAGGGGCUUGUGGGUCAUUGAUGGAUCAACUACCCUUCCAUCUCAACUUGCUGCAAAGUAUCGCCUGAGGUUUAUAGAUUUCAUGCAUGCAGUGAUGUCAGUUUUGGUGUUUGCAGCAAUUGCACUUUUUGAUCAGAAUGUGGUGAAUUGCUUCUUUCCAGCACCUUCAAAUGAGACACAGGAAAUCCUCACAGCAUUGCCAGUAGCCAUUGGCGUUUUUGGCAGCAUGUUCUUUGUUGCAUUUCCUACACAGAGACAUGGAAUUGGCUUCCCCCUCUCAACAAAUUAA